CAAAGACGAUCGGAAAACCUUUCUUGGGAUUUCCAUGAGGAAGGCAACAUCAAAACGGGCCCUCAAAACUAGAGUUUUCAGGAACUGUUUCUACUUUAGCAGACAAAUUGGAACAACCCGAGGUUUCUAGAAGCCAGCUUUAUCCCUGGAAAGGAUGGAUGCUUAGAAAAGACUAAGGAUAAAGGAAGCAGCUCAAGGGAACUUCAUUGUGGAAAAGCUCGGCUAAGAGUGACAGAAUCCAGAGACUUAACAACAAGGCAGCAAAGGCUGAAAAUUUCUCUCAGAAGGGGCAACACCAAGGGUUAACAUGUUUGGCUACCCAACAACAGAGGCAACGAGUUGGCUCCACAGGGGCUAUGGGAACUCCCAAGGGGCCACAGGGCAAUUGAAAAGUCGUCUGGAAGAUCUGAAAAAGCCUUGGCGAAAGGAAAUCAGUCCUUCCAUGUUGCAGCAUAGUGAGACUGCCCGGCUGGCUGUGGAUGCCUUUCUUGAACAGGGAGAAGCUGGCUAUCUGCAAGCCAUUGCAAAGGAAAAGGAGCUGCCAUUUCUUUCCACAUUGGAUAUGGAUUACAUGAGCCAACACAGCCAAAGCAUCCCAGAAUCUCCUCUCAAGGGACGAGAGGCUGGGCUCACAAGACAGGAUAGCGGAGACAGGGCUUCUCUCCUCUCUGGAGUCACAUCUGGGACCUAUUUCCCCUUUAUGUCAGACGUCGAUCCCCCACAGCUGGAGCUGGGUUGGCCAGUGGCAUUGCCCGUCACCACGUUUGACCAAACAGAAGUCACUUUGUAUUUCCAAAGAGACAAGGCCAACAAUGUUAAGGAAUUACUACGGUCUCUAAUAAGCAAGGCCAAGACAGUGAUUGCGAUUGUGAUGGACCUCUUUACAGAUAUGGAAAUACUCAGUGAUUUGAUGGCGGCUUCAAGUAGACGACAUGUUCCAGUUUACCUGAUUCUUGAUGAAAAAAACUUGGAAAACUUUGCAGAAAUGUGCAAUAAAAUGGAUCUCACUAUGGAUGAUUUCCCAAAUAUGCGCAUACGCUGUGUGAGUGGAGAAACAUAUUACAGUAAAGCUGGCAAGAAGCUUACAGGACAAGCGCUUGAGAAAUUUGUGAUGAUAGACUGUGAACAAGUUCUUGCAGGGACCUACAGUUUUACAUGGCUGUGCAGCCAAGUCCACACUGGCCUGGUGACACACUUCAGAGGAAAAAUUGUUGAGGAUUUUGAGAGAGAGUUCCGAUGCAUAUAUGCUGAAUCUAGAUCCGUAAAUAAACUCAGUAUCCCUGCUAAUGAAAAAUCCAGCCCCUCUUCUCACAGAACCUUGCAGAAAAUUGAGCCAGUUUUAAAGCACAUUCAACUGAAUGAGAAUGAAACCACAAGCCUCUCAAGUAGUCCCUCCAAUUCAAGCAUAGUAAGCAUAAAGAGAUCGCCAUAUUUAAACCAGCUGACUUCCACUGCAGUUUGUGAAAAGAAAGAACUGACUCCCAGUGAAACAAGAAAGAAUACUGCAGGCUUAUUGGGGAUUAGUGACUUGAUAUACCAGCCCAGGGAGCUGCCAGACUCUAGCUGCAGUACAUCAGCUAAAUUAAAGUAUCCAAUCAAUGAUGCAUCUAAUCUACGGAAAAUUAAGACAUCUUUGCUGUCAGUAUCUUCACCAGCACUAGGCGACAACACAAGAAAUGGGCAUGAUUUGCAAUUUCUACCUGAGAAUAUUGGACUAAAAGGAAACAAUAAAUUCCUCUAUACUGUUCAACCAGCGGAUGAUGUAAACAAAAUACAGAAGGAUGAAAAAACAGUAACUCGUGGAUACACCAAACUAGAUCUCAUUAACAAGCCUACUAAAUCAGUAAAUAGUGAGAUGAGGCCCAGAAUUCAUGUCUCCUACGGUUUCUCUGAUGAUGCGCCAAUGGAAAACCACAGCAACAUACACAGGGAUGAAAAAAGGAUGACUCUUGGUCACAGUAAAUUGGAUCUGAUCACCAACUUUAACAAGUCAAAAGCAAAGCAAAUUCACAGUAGAUUUGAAUUGUAAUCUGUAUUCUGGGUUUAGCAGAAAUGCUUUAUCUUUGACGAAUGGGUAAUAUGUAGGUAUUAAAGUCUGUAAAAAUGAAUACAAAA